AUGGCAGACAUCCUGGGUCUUUACAAGAUUCCACAGCUUUCAUAUGGCUCAUUCAAACCCAUGAAUGAUCAGGACAAUCUGCACUCCUUUUACCGCAUGGUCCCCAGUGAAGCCCUGCAAUACCAAGGACUUGUCCAGUUACUCCUCCAUUUCCAGUGGAUGUGGGUAGGGCUCAUGGCUUCAGAUGAUGGUGGUGGAGACCAGUUCUUGAGGACUAUGGAGCCACUGCUUUUGAAGAACAAGAUCUGCUCAGAAUUCACAAGAAGGGUUGGAAUAUCUUUGCAUAUAAGUGAAAAGAUAGAGGACAUUGUUCAUACAGUAUGGAAUCAUGUGGAAUACAUAAUGGGGAGAAAAGCCAAUGCCAUUGUAAUCCAUGGUGAAGCAUCAGCCAUUGCAUGGUUGGAAUGUCUUUUAACUGCAAGCACUUUUGCUCAGCAAGUAUUUCCUCAGUAUAAGGGGAGGUUCUCCUCAGCAAAAGUGUGGAUAACUACAGCUCAAAUUGACUUCUUUGUAAGUGGCUUGGUAAUGCGUACUGGAUUUGACAUGCAAAUGUUCCAUGGUGCCCUCUCUUUUACCAUUCCUUCCAAGGAACCUGAAGGCUUCCGAGGAUUUCUUGAGCUUGUCAGUCCUUCUUGGGACAAUGAAGAUGGCUUUAUUCAUGACUUUUGGGAACGUGCUUUUCUUUGUGCAUUUUCAAACUCCAUUGUUACUUUUCUACGUGGAACAUGUACAGGAAAUGAGAGUUUGGAGAGCCUUCCUCGGUCUGUUUUUGAAUUACACAUGAGUGGUCACAGUUACAUUGUCUACAAUGCGGUCUACACAAUCGCUCAUGCCUUACACAACUUGCACUCAGCUACACCCAACUACCAAAGAACCGCGAGUAGAGACAGGGCAUCUCCUCAGGUUGUACGUUCCUGGCAGCUGCAUGCCUUCAUUCAGAAGACCUCAUUCAACAACAGUGCAGGAGAGGAAAUUGCGUUUAACGAAGAUGGAGAGUUCGAAGGGAGAUUUGAUAUUACCAACUUGGUCACUUUCCCUAAUCAGUCCUAUGUCAGGGUCAAAGUGGGAAGAAUGGACCAUGAUGUUCCUGCAAGCAAAGGAUUCACCAUUAAUGAGGACAAAAUCAAAUGGAACAAGCAACUGAAGCAGGUGCCUCCUGUAUCUUCAUGUAAUGAAAAAUGCCUCCCUGGUUCCAGCAAGAAAAAGAAGGAGGGGAAGCCAUUUUGCUGCUACGAUUGUGUUCCAUGUCCAGAUGGGAUGUUUUCAAACCAGAAGGAUAUGGAAACCUGUGUCCAUUGCCCAGGGCAUCAAUAUCCAAACCAAUUCCAGAAUCAGUGCAUUCCAAAGACUCCAAACUUCCUCGCUUUUAAAGACACCUUGGCCAUUAUCUUGACUUCAUCUCUUCUUUCAUUGUCCCUGAUCACAGCUCUGGUGCUGGGCCUCUUCUUCUGGCAAAGGGACACUGCCAUCGUCAAGGCCAACAACCGAAGCCUCACCUAUAUUCUCCUCAUCUCCCUUCUCUUCUGUUUCCUCUGCUCCUUCCUCUUCAUGGGAAGGCCCAAUACUGUGUCCUGCCUUCUUCGACAAACGGCUUUUGGCAUGGUCUUCUCUGUGUGCCUCUCCACCAUCUUGGCAAAAACGGUUUCUGUGGUGCUGGCAUUCAUGGCUACCAAGCCAGGAUCCCACAUGAGGAAGUGGGUAGGGAGAAGACUGUCACAUUCCAUUGUGCUCUGCUGCUCCAAUAUUCAGGCAGGCAUCUGCAUUCUGUGGUUGACAUGGUCUCCCCCUUUCCCAGAUGUGGACAUGCGCUCCAUGACUGAAGAGCUUGUCCUGCUCUGUAAUGAAGGCUCAGUCUUCAUGUUCUACUGUGCCUUGGGCUACCUGGGCCUGCUGGCUUCAGUCAGCUUUUUGGUGGCCUUCCUCGCCAGGAAGUUGCCAGACAGCUUCAAUGAGGCCAAGUUCAUCACCUUCAGCAUGCUGGUCUUCUGUAGUGUGUGGGUGUCUUUUGUCCCAACAUAUCUGAGCACAAGAGGAAAGUACAUGGUGGCCGUGGAGGUCUUCUCCAUCUUGGCCUCCAGUGUGGGCUUAUUGGGCUGCAUAUUUUCCCCAAAAUGCUACAUUAUUGUGUUCAGACCAGACUUGAACAACAGGGAGCAGUUAAUGAGAAGAAAGAAGUAA